AAUACCACAGGGUUAAAACCAGGCAGCAAGUAUCCAUACCAUCCAUUUCCCUAAAUUACCACCUCCCAAACAUCCAGGGAGUUGAGGCUGGGAGUCCAUUCUCUCUGUCCUCCCUGCUCCAUCUCCAUCACAGCGGGAGAAGGGGCCCGUUAAAGGUUCACUCACAAGAAGAUGCUAGGACCUUAGAGUAUAUGCAGCAAGUGGUAUUUACCUUCCCUUUGGGCUUCUCAGAACAGCAACCAGAAAGCACGGCGGAAAUUGAUGCUGCCCCUUCUCAGUACGCUUCUGAUCUUGUGCCUGAAACCGCUUCUUGUCUCUUCUACAAGAUUCAUCCCACCUCCACCAAUGACCAGAGAUGUUUCUCUCCUAUCAGAGUUCACACAGCUUGGCUGACACCAUCAAGCCGGCAUCUAAGUAUCCCAGGAUUUAUGGACAGACUGAAACAGAGAUGGAAGCAUGUUCACUAAUGACAGAGGAGAUCUUUGCUGCCCCCCUUACUCGGGACAAAUGGAUCAGAGGGUUACAAAACAAAGUGUUUUGUGAGGGAUCCAAAAUGUGGAAGAAGAACAAGAGAAUGAAGACACAGAAAAGGAAAAGGAGGCUGAAGAUGAAGAAGAGGAGGUGGAAGAAGAUAAAGAGGAGCAGGAAGAAAAGGAAAAGAAAAAGGAAGAGGAGGAGGAAGAGAGAGAAAGUAGAGCAAAAUGAGGAGGAAGAAGAGGAAAAGGAAGAAGAGGAGGAGGAAGGGGAAGAAGAACAAGAUGAGGAGGAGGAAGAAGAGGAAAAAGAAGAGGAAGGGGAAGAGGAGGAGGAAGAAGAGGAGGAAGAAGAGGAGGAAGCAGAAAAAGAGAAAGAGGAAGGGAGAGGUAUCCAGCAGAAAGAAGAGUCAGCUUUUGUUUUGCCAAAACUUAUCAGCAAAGAUGACUUAACCCAUCCAUCCAGUUGGAUAUCUACCCUACUUUAAAAAGUGCUUCAGUAAAAGGAAAUCUCACAGUA